GUGGGAGGGGCCACUUCCCGGGCGCAGCCAAUGGGAGGGCGCCGCCUGGCCGAAGACGGGAGGCGGUGAGGCGGGCCUCCUUUCGGGCGGGGCCUCGCCCUCCUCCGCCAUUUUGGAGACCAACGAGGACGGACGAGAGGAGCGGAGAGGAGGAGGAGGAGGAGGAGGAGGAGCGGCGCCUGAGGCCGAGAAGGCGAGAGAGAGAGAGAGAGUGAGGAAAAUGAGGAUUGUGUGGAGCCACCUCUUGAGUGCAGUAAGGAAACCAAUAAUAUCGGAAGAAAAAAUCCUCUCAAGCUGAUGGUCUUGCUGAAUUCCUGAUCUCAAUUACAGAGAAGAAAGGAAAAAGAAGAGUCGAGUAUAUGCAUCGCAAUUAAACUCCCAUAUCACUGUUGAAAUCAUGGAGAAAGCAUCUGAAUACCUGGAGUGUGGACAGAGUUUCACUCAGAGGCAACAUCUGCAGCAACAUGAAAGGAUUCACACUGGGGACAAACCCUAUACCUGCCUGGAGUGUGGACAGAGUUUCACUUCUAGUUCAGGUCUUCGUUUACAUCAGCGGACUCACACUGGGGAAAAACCCUAUACAUGCCUGGAGUGUGGAAAGAGCUUUGCUCAGAAUUCAGUUCUACAUAAACAUGAAAGGAUUCACACAGGGGAGAAACCGUAUACAUGCCUGGAAUGCGGAAAGAGCUUCAGUGAGAGUGGAAGCCUACAUUUGCAUCAAAGGACUCACACUGGAGAGAAACCCUAUACAUGCCAGGAGUGUGGACAGAAUUUUACUUUUAGUUCAGGUCUACGUUCACAUCAACGAACUCACACUGGGGAAAAACCCUAUACGUGCCCAGAGUGUGGAAAGAGCUUCAGUGAGAGCGGAAGCCUACGUUUGCAUCAAAGGAUUCACACUGGAGAGAAACCUUAUACAUGCCUGGAGUGUGGAAAGAAUUUUACUUAUAGUUCAGGUCUACGUUCACAUCAACGGACUCACACUGGGGAAAAACCCUAUACAUGUCUGGAGUGUGGACAGAGCUUCACUCAUAGUUCAGGUCUACGUAAACAUCAACGAACUCACACUGGGGAAAAACCCUAUACAUGCCUGGAAUGUGGACAAAGUUUUAUUCAGAGUUCAGGUCUACGUUCACAUCAAAGGACUCACACUGGAGAGAAACCUUAUACAUGUCUGGAGUGUGGACAGAGCUUUAUUCAGAGUUCAGGACUACGUUCACAUCAACGGACUCACACUGGGGAAAAACCUUAUACAUGCCUGGAGUGUGGCCAGAGCUUUAUUCAGAGUUCAGGUCUGCAUUCACAUCAGCGGAUUCACAGUGGGGAAAAACCCUAUACAUGCCUGGAGUGCGGAAAGAGUUUCACUCGAAGCCAUCAUCUUCAGCAACAUGAAAGGAUUCACACAGGGGAAAAACCCUAUAGAUGUCUGGAGUGUGGAAAGAGCUUCACUGAGAGUGGAAGCCUACGUUUGCAUCAGCGGACUCACACUGGAGAGAAACCAUAUACAUGCCUGGAGUGUGGUCAGAGCUUCACUCAGAGUUCAAAACUACGUUCACAUCAAUGGAUCCACAUUGGGGAGAAACCCUAUAAAUGCUUGGAGUGUGGAAAGAGCUUUGCUCAGAAUUCAAUUCUACAUAAACAUCAAAGGACUCAUACAGGAGAGAAACCUUAUACAUGUUUGGAGUGCGGAAAGAGCUUCACUGAGAGUGGAAGCCUACAUAUGCAUCAAAGAAUUCACACUGGAGAGAAACCCUAUACAUGCCAGGAGUGUGGACAGAGUUUUACUUAUAGUUCAGGUCUACGUUCACAUCAACGCACUCACAUUGGGGCAAAACUUUAUACAUGCCUGGAAUGUGGACAGAGCUUCACUCAUAGUUCAAGUCUACGUUCACAUCAACGGACCCACACUGGGGAAAAGCCCUAUACGUGCCUGGAGUGUGGACAGAGCUUCUCUCAUAGUUCUGGUCUUCGUUCGCAUCAAAGGACUCACAGUGGAGAGAAACCCUAUACAUGCCUGGAGUGUGGAAAGAGCUUCAGUGAGAGUAGAAGUCUAUGUUCGCAUCAAAGGACUCACACUGGCGAGAAACCCUAUACAUGCCUGGAGUGUGGACAGAACUUCACUCAUAGUUCUGGUCUACGUUCACAUCAACGGACUCACACUGGGGAAAAACCCUAUACAUGCCUGGAAUGUGGAAAGUGUUUUACUCGGAAGGAUCAUCUGCAGCAACAUGAAAGGAUUCACACUGGAGAGAAACCGUAUACAUGCCUGGAAUGCGGAAAGUGCUUCACUGAGAGUGGAAGCCUACGUUCACAUCAACGGACCCACACUGGAGAGAAACCCUAUACAUGCCUGGAGUGCGGAAAGAGCUUCAGCGAGAAUGGAAAUCUACGUUCCCAUCAAAGGACUCACACUGGGGAAAAACCUUAUACAUGCCUGGAUUGUGGAAAGCGCUUCUCUCGUAGUUCAGAUCUACGUUCACAUCAAAGAACUCACAGAGGAGAGAAACCCUUUAUAUGCCUGGAGUGCGGAAAAAGCUUUGCUCAGAAUUCAGUUCUAUGUAAACAUGAAAGGACUCACACUGGAGAGAAACCCUAUAUGUGCCUCGAAUGUGGAAAGAGUUUCUCCCAGAGGGAUCAUCUGCAGCAACAUGAAAGUACUCAUGCUGGGGAGAAACCUUAUAAAUGCCAGGAGUGUGGACAUAGCUUCACUUAUAGUUCAAGUCUAAUUUCGCAUCAGAGGAUUCACAUCCUGGAGUCUGGAAAGACCUUCUCUGAGAGUUCAAAUCUACAUCAAUUUGGAAUUCACACUGAAGAGAAUAGUAGCAUUUGACCCCCAAGAAGCUUUCCAUACUUUCAUGUUGUUGACAAACAUUUUAGACAGGCAUUCUUUUGUGACAUGGUAAUUCAGUUUCACUAGCAAACCAACCAAUUAAACCAACCCCAUAUAUAGGUAUUUUUGUUGUUUAUUGGUUCAGUUGUUUCUGAUUCUUCGUGACCUCAUGGACCAGCCCAUGCCAGAGCUCACUGUCGGCUGUCACCACCCCAGCUCCUUCUUACAAGGGCUAUCCACAAAGUAGCUUACGUUUUGGAUUUUGAAAAGGACAAAGAAUAGGAGAAAUCAUUUACCAU